GGAUCCAGUUCUAGGUCCGGACUCCAAUCAAAUUUCAUCAGCACGCGUUCCCAAAAAAAGGGGUCUUGAGCUCUUGAGUUUCUCGGGAACGCUUGACAGCCAAACGGACAACGUUUUACCUAUUAAGAGAGCCAGUGCUACACCAGCUUACAACGUGAUUAGCCGCGAGUUAUAGCUAAAAUAAACAAUCUAUUUAAAUACUUAAGUAACAAUGGCGGAAUUAGAACCGUUCUUGGGAAAGAAGUACAAGUUGAAGACGUCGGAUAAUUUUGAAGAUUAUUUAAAAUUUAUUGAAGUGGGUCUAAUAUCGCGUAAGACCGCGAUGGCCGUGUCUCCCGUGGCCGUGUUGACGAAGAACCCCGACGGCUCGUACACGCUCACCAUGACCACACCCAUCAGGACCUUGAAGAUGGACUUCCGACUGGACGAAGAGUUUGUGGAGACCAGAGCUGAUGGACUGAAGGCGAAAUCAGUAAUGACGGCAGACGGCAACAAAUUAAUUCAGACGUCAACUGAAGACAACGGGCGAAGGUCGGUGCACGUGCGCGAGUUCACACAGGAACUGCUGGUGGUGACAACAACGGCUGAAGGAUGGAACGGGAAGUGCGUAAGAACAUAUGAGUUAGUGAAGUGAAAUACCUACAUCGGUUCACACAUUACCAACAUGGUAAAGUUGUACAUUACUUCAAUAACAAAUAAGGUACUUAACGAUUAGGUUUAGGUACGUGUAGUACGUAGUUGCUGUAAAAUUCAAGUGUAUAGAUAAGGCUUCUUAAAUAAGUACUUACAUCUUACAUUAUACCUACAUACCUCUGUAAUAUGUUUAAGUAUUCUUUACGUAAUUAUUCUUUAAUUAAGUAUAAAUUGCAUGUUGUGAUUGUGAUAAAUAAAUACAGGUGACUGAUUAUAAAAUCCAUUUAAUCUAUUUAAAGAAUUAUUUGAUUGCAUUUGAUCCUUCCAAAUUGAAUUUCACAAUUUUCUAGGCGUCUGAAAUAAAGCAAGGAAAAGUAAGCGUUA